AUGGCCUUGAAUCCUGAGGAUCUCGGAAGUGGGUUCCGGCAUAGCAAGGUGUCAAUGUUUAUCAAUGAACAAAUGGCCAAGCACGACAAAGGCCCUGAUUUCUACCUUGAGAACCUUUCCCUGUCCUGGGAAGAGGUGGAAGACAAGCUCAAAGUCAUCCUUGAGGAUAGCGAGGUGCCUACUGAGGCUCGGGAAGCCUGUGCCUGGGGCACCCUGGCCCUGGGUGUGCGCUUCGCUCACAGGCAAGGCUGCUUACAAGGGCAUGGGGUACAGUGGCUGCAAGAUUUGUCUAGCCUACAUAAGGUGUCUGCACUCUCCUUGUCACCAGACCUGAAGCCGCUCACCCACCAGCAAGAGAUGGAGCAGAAGGAGAUAGCUAUCCAGCUUAAAAUGGCGCAGGCAAAACUAGAAGAAGUUCAAAGAGAGCGAGACCUACUGAGACUGAAGAUCCUCCAGGCAAGAUUUGCCACCAGUAUGAGAGUUCUGAGAGACUACAGAGGAUACCACCACCAGAUACAAGCGAGGAUCUCUACGAUUAUACAGCCUUUUAACAGAAAUCUUCCCUAG